UUCAAAUCAUACGAACAUAAAAAUUAUCGUGUUAUACAAGAAUAGUCUAAAUUGGCAUUAAUAUUAACAGAAAAAAAAAUAUUGGGAAUUCAAGUUAUUUUGUCCGUUCAUAUGGUAAAUAUGAACAGACAUAUGUAUGUAUGAAAAAAUCUGAUAGGUUGAUCCAUAUUAUAAUGCACUGAUAACUAAUAUCGCGAAAAAACGGAAGGGCAACAUUAAUAUUGGAAAUUAAGUACAAAAAAUAUUAUAUGGAAAUGAAUGCUCAAUACGGCGUCUACUAUGUAUCGCUAGUAUGUAUGGCUUCAAUGAUUUUACUGGUAAAAGCAUUGCCCCCAGUAAUUCGUGUGGGUGCAAUUUUUACGGAUGAUGAACGCGAAAGUAGCAUCGAAUCAGCAUUUAAAUAUGCAAUUUAUCGAAUUAAUAAGGAGAAAUCGCUUUUGCCUAAUACACAAUUAGUAUAUGACAUUGAAUAUGUGCCGCGAGACGACUCCUUUAGAACAACAAAGAAAGUCUGUCGACAAUUGGAGGCCGGAGUCCAGGCAAUUUUUGGGCCAACUGAUCCACUUCUUGCUGGUCACGUACAAUCUAUUUGCGAAGCAUUUGAUAUACCCCAUAUUGAAAUUCGUGUCGACUUGGAAAUGAGCUUGAGGGAAUUCUCCAUAAAUUUAUAUCCAUCACAGAAUAUAAUGAACCUAGCCUAUAGAGACCUAAUGACCUAUUUGAACUGGACCAAAGUCGCAAUUAUAUAUGAAGAAGAUUAUGGUCUCUUUAAGCAGCAGGACCUAAUACAUUCAUCUACGGAAAUGAGAACGGAAAUGUAUAUAAGACAAGCCAAUCCGGAGACCUAUCGCCAAGUUUUACGUGCAAUUCGGCAAAAGGAAAUAUACAAAAUAAUAGUUGACACAAAUCCUACAAAUAUAAAAACAUUUUUUCGAUCAAUAUUACAACUUCAAAUGAAUGAUCACCGAUAUCACUAUAUGUUUACAACGUUUGAUCUGGAGACAUAUGAUUUGGAAGACUUUCGAUACAAUAGUGUGAACAUCACAGCGUUCCGAUUAGUUGAUGUUGAGAGUAAGCGUUAUCAGGAAGUUAUAGAUCAAAUGCAGAAGUUACAACAUAGCGGCUUGGAUAUGAUAAACGGCAUGCCAUACAUUCAGACGGAGGCUGCACUUAUGUUUGACUCGGUGUACGCCUUUGCGCAUGGGCUAAAGCACUUGGAUAUCAGCCAUACAUUGACUUUCAGAACCCUUUCGUGCGAAUCAGACAAAGUCUGGAGUGAUGGACUCUCGCUUUAUAAUUAUAUUAAUUCUGCCGCAGUUAAUGGAUUGACAGGAAAAAUCAAGUUAAAUGAAGGGCGUCGAAAUAACUUUAAAGUUGAUAUACUUAAAUUAAAACAGGAAACGGUUCAAAAAGUAGGAUUUUGGCAACCAGAUGGGGGUGUAAACAUUUCUGAUCCUACCGCAUUUUACGACUCUAACAUUGCGAAUAUAACUUUGGUGGUAAUGACCAGAGAGGAGCGCCCAUACGUAAUGGUCAAGGAUGACGCUAACCUUACUGGUAAUGCAAGAUUUGAAGGCUUUUGCAUUGAUCUGUUGAAAGCUAUUGCGCAGCAGGUUGGCUUUCAAUAUAAAAUUGAGCUAGUUCCAGAUAAUAUGUACGGAGUGUAUAUACCGGAAACAAAUUCGUGGAACGGUAUUGUACAGGAACUUAUGGAGAGACGAGCUGACUUAGCUGUUGCCUCAAUGACUAUUAACUAUGCACGAGAGAGUGUCAUUGACUUUACCAAGCCUUUUAUGAACUUGGGUAUUGGUAUAUUGUUUAAGGUACCAACAAGCCAGCCCACAAGACUGUUUUCCUUUAUGAACCCAUUGGCAGUUGAGAUCUGGCUUUAUGUGCUAGCUGCUUAUAUAUUAGUCUCCUUCGCACUGUUUGUGAUGGCUCGAUUUUCUCCAUAUGAAUGGAAAAACCCUCAUCCGUGUUACAAGCAAACCGAUAUCGUUGAAAAUCAAUUCUCCAUAUCAAACAGUAUUUGGUUUAUAACUGGAACAUUUUUACGACAAGGCUCAGGGCUAAAUCCAAAGAUAUCAGAUCGAGCUCAAACGAAGUUCUUUUCAUUUAUGAAUCCACUAGCCAUUGAAAUUUGGUUCUUUAUUGCAUUUGGCUACAUACUUGUGUCAAUCGUUAUUUGGAUAGUUGCCAGACUAUCUCCAGUGGAAUGGGUUCGCUCGACACCCGCCUGCUCUAUGGCAUGUGAUCAUAUGUUAAAAAAGAUUCAAAAACAGAAAUAUAUUGACGAGCAGUUGGAGUUGCAAACAUUUGAAAACAUCACUGCGAAUGCAGAUGAUACUGAAAAACGCAUUAAAUAUAGAGAGGAUAAUGAUAAUGAUGACAGCGAAUCCGAUGACACAAAGGAAUUAGUUAGCGUGCAAAAUGAGUUUACUCUGAAGAAUAGCUUUUGGUUCGCAAUAGGCGCUUUGAUGCAACAAGGGGCUGACUUAUAUCCAAGGGCUACCUCGACACGCAUUGUGGGUGGAUGCUGGUUUUUCUUUUGUCUCAUUAUUAUUUCAUCGUAUACUGCCAACUUGGCUGCCUUCCUUACAGUAGAGCGUAUGAUAACGCCUAUAGAAAGUGCGUCCGAUUUGGCAGAGCAAACUGAAAUAUCGUACGGUACUUUGGAAGGUGGUUCAACUAUGACAUUCUUUCGAGACUCAAAAAUUGGGAUUUAUCAGAAGAUGUGGCGGUAUAUGGAGAAUCGAAAGGCUUCUGUAUUUGUGAAGACUUACGAGGACGGUAUAAAGCGCGUAAUGGAUGGCAAUUAUGCUUUUCUAAUGGAGUCAACAAUGUUGGACUAUGCUGUCCAGCGGGAUUGUAAUUUAACUCAGAUAGGUGGACUAUUGGACUCGAAAGGAUAUGGGAUAGCCACACCCAAAGGAUCGCCAUGGAGAGAUAAGAUCUCACUUGCAAUUCUUGAACUACAAGAGAAAGGAAUUAUUCAAAUUCUUUAUGAUAAAUGGUGGAAAAAUACUGGGGAUGUUUGCAAUAGAGAUGACAAAAGUAAAGAAUCAAAAGCUAAUGCAUUGGGUGUAGAAAAUAUUGGUGGAGUAUUUGUUGUUUUACUCUGUGGCUUAGCACUGGCUGUUGUUGUAGCCAUUUUUGAGUUCUGCUGGAAUUCAAAGAAAAAUUUGCAUACCGAUAAUCAAUCAUUGUGUUCUGAAAUGGCUGAGGAAUUAUGCUUUGCCAUGCACUGCCAAGGAUCUAAGUCCAAGCCCAGAUCGGCCCUCAAACGCGAUUGUGUGAAAUGUGUACCAGGGUCAACAUAUGUUCCCACGAAUGUAACCAUGCCAAAUAUGGGCGUUCAUUACAGCUAUUUUAAUUGAUAUGUGAAUUGUAAAUUAUGCCUAAAUUAUAGGUUUUAAGAUAGUUUU